AUGGGGCGUCUCUUGAUGCGUCUGCCUAUAGAGGCCUGUUGUGAUGACCUCUCCAUUCCUCGACAAGAAAGUACUCCUCUCAUCAAGCUCAUCUGGUUCACCUGCAUGCUGCUGCUGCGCUGGAGCACAAUCAGGCUCAUGUCUUCCACCUGUUCACCAGCAGUUAUAGUCAGCUCUCAGGCAGGCAGACGCUCUGUCCAUCCCUGGGUGUGCCACUUGUCGCUACCGCUGUGCUACCUGGACCCCUCAUCCCCCACAACACAAAGAGGACUAGAAUCAGAUAUCACUGAAAUCAUCCAGAUGCCUCCAUCUAGCCCAGUUUAUCCAGAAACCCGCAAGACUCUUCAGUGUUCGGUUCUCUCUGACUCUGAGGGGAAACCGUGUCCAGCAGAUAACAGGGUUUACUGGUUCAAAGCUGGAUCAGAUCAUUCUCAUCCCAGUUUACUUUAUCUACAAAAAAACAGUGGAGAAGAGUGUGAAAGUGCAAGUCCCGAAGCUCAAACUGCACAGAGAUGUUUUUACAACUUCUCUGAGAGCUCUGACGCUGGAACGUAUCACUGCGCUGUGGCUGCAUGUGGACAGAUAUUAUUUGGAAAUGGAGCUGAGCUCCAUUAUGAACAUUAUGAAGCUACCACCACUUGUCCAUCGCUGGUCAACAUUGUCUUUGGAUUUGGCUUGGCCAUCAGCCUAAUUGUUUUAGCUGUCCUUAUUUAUGCCAUAAAGGAAAGCAAUGGCAACGUUUCAGCAGCCCAGCAAGCAAAACAAGUGCUAUGCACAAAAUGGCCGGCAAAUAUUUACUCUGCCGUCGUCUUCACAGUAGUGACUGAUGAUAGUGGAAAAAAGAAGGCAAACACAGAGACAAAAAAGAUUUAUGCUGCUGUUAUCUAAUAAAGGAUUUUGUAAAGUUGCAAUUUUAGUAUGAAAACCAUGUGCAACCCGUCAAAUGUUUUUCAUCAUUUUCAUUAAAUGUAUCAUAUUUUUGUGUUUUAUGUUAAUUGAACAAGUCUGACCAACAGCCAAAACAGAGAUUUAUCAUGUAAAUAUUAAACAUGGACGGAAAAACAAGAUAAGAUUGCAUUCACUGCUGGCUCAAAUUCAAAUGAAAUGAUAAUCUCUGAAUGCUUGAAGACUGAGGUGCAUGUGUGAAAAUUGUGAUUGGCCUAAAGAUGAGAUUUUCUGAUUUUACAGAAGAACACAGGUGUACAGAAAACUGAAAACAAAACAACAUCGCUAAUUUCAAUUUUAAAAAAUUAUCACAUUUAUAGCAAGAGAUCUUGUUUUGAAUAUUUAUGUGGUACAAACACAUUGUGAUUAUUGUUUAGUAAAUUUAAAAAAUCUG